AUCGAAAAAUUUGGUUGGCCAACACAGGAAAAGUAAUUAUGAGUCACUGUAAACCACAUGAUGACAUGAGGCAAUCAACAUGAUGCUGCCAGGUAUAAUUUCAAGAGGGGUGUGAACUCAGAAAUGGCAAAUGGUUCACCUCCUAAACCCAGCCAGUGGAUAUCUGGUUUUGGCUGAAAAAAGAACAUUGCCAGGUGACUACCACAAAGAGCUGUUCGGACUCCUAUUGGCAUACUCCAUCACUAGUUCCUCAUGGAAGCCAUUGCUCACAUUCUGCAAGAUAUUCGUGAUUACUGGGCUGAUCAUUUCUCUCGCAGAUUUUACCCCAGAAGGCCUCCACUGCGACAAUUUACCUCUUUAUCUACUUUCUACUUACUGGACUACAAAAUGAGACAGACUGAAUUGGGAAUGGAUUAUGGGCAUCCGUGUGCUCAGCUGAGCAAAGCAAAGUUUGUCUUCCAGGAUGGUGAGUGGCAGAUGGGUGAUAGUGUGCCUCAGCAAAUGCCCUCACUGCAGUUACUUUCUACUCCUAACAAGGAAUCAUCUUACAAGAGACUGAAGAAAGAGAACAAAGCCUUAUUGGAGGAAAAUAAUUAUUUGAAGCUACAGCUUGAGCUGCUGAUGGACAUGCUGACAGAGACCACAGCCCGACUGCAUACAGUAGAGAAAAAGCUGGACAGAAUACCAUGGCACCCUAAGAUAAAAAAGACAAACAAGGUACUCAUGCUUCAGUCUUGAAAAAUAAUUUGGAUGUGACAUCUAAGAGUUCUUCAUUUUGCAGUCAUUUGCCUUAUGAUGUCCAAACCUACAAUAAAACUCUGAAACUGAUGAUUUUA